AUGAAACAACAGAUAGGGACUUAUUUUCAUAUUCUUGAUCGUAAUAAUCUUUCGGAUGGUACACAUAUAUUACAUAUUAAAGAAUUACCACCACCUUAUUCAUCAUUAGAAACACAACAAUCGAUUGUCGAUGAUUGGAAAGAGAAAUUUAUUGAAAUUCAACCAUUAUAUGGUCAUUUAAAUAAAUAUGGUUUUGUUAUUAGUGGUGGUAGUGAUACUGAAAAUGGUUCAGCAAUUGUUAUAACACAUAUUGAUUAUUGUUCGGAUUUAUCAUUAGAUAAUGGACGAACUCAUCUUCAACUUUUUGAUCGUAUACUUUCAAUUAAUAAUACUGAUUUAACUCGAGUAACUCAUGAUGAUGCUGUUCAAACAUUUUCUUUAUUUCAAGGUCAACCUAUUGUAUUACAUAUUCGUCGUUUAAAUCCUGUAAAUAUCGAACAUAUUGAUAUAAUAUUACCAUUUGAUAUUUCAAAUCAAUCUCUUGGCAUUACAAUUACAGGAGGAAUUGAUAAUAAUAUUGAAGAUCCUGGUUUAUUUAUUACUCAAAUUGAUCCUAAUGGUUUAUUAGCAUCGAUAACAAAGAAUAAACAACUUCAAAUUGGUGAUCGUCUUUUAGAAAUUAAAACGAAUUAUACAAGCGCUAAUUUACAAUGGGUAACACAUUCAAUGGGUGUGCAAUUAAUUCGACGUAUAUGUCAAGAUAAUAAACGUGUUACACUUGUUGUAGCUCAUCGAACUACGAAUUUUUAA